AUGGCCGAAACGGGAUCUUUUCACUUCACAUCGGAGUCCGUCUCCGAGGGACAUCCCGAUAAAAUGUGCGAUCAGAUUAGCGACGCCGUCUUAGACGCCAUCCUCGCCCAGGACCCCAAAGCCAAGGUGGCUUGUGAGACCGUCACCAAGACCGGAAUGAUCAUGCUCUGCGGCGAGCUGAACACCUCGGCCUAUAUCGACUACCAAACCGUCGUGCGAGGCGUUGUCAAGAAGAUCGGGUACGACGACUCGUCCAAGGGGUUCGAUUAUGCCACGUGUAACGUGAUGAUCGGCCUCGAACAGCAGUCCCCCGAAAUCGCCGCCGGUGUGCAUGAAAACAAAGCCGAUGAGGAUCUGGGAGCUGGAGAUCAGGGCCUCAUGUUCGGCUAUGCCACCGAUGAGACCGAAGAGGCCAUGCCGUUGACGCUCGUCUUGGCCCACAAGCUCAACGCCAAGCUCCACGCCAUGCGCAGGUCUGGGGAGCUCGACUGGGUGCUGCCCGACUCCAAGACACAAGUCACGAUCGAGUACGGUGAGCGCCCCGAUGGAGGAUUGAAGCCCAUCCACGUGCACACGAUCGUCAUCUCCACUCAGCACAAGGCCAGCUGCAGCCUGGAAAAGCUCCGGAAGGAUCUUCGAGAGAAGGUGAUCUCGGAAGUGAUCCCCAAGGAUUUGAUCGACGACAGGACCGUGAUCCAUUUGAAUCCGUGCGGAUCUUUUGUCAUUGGAGGGCCUAUGGGAGAUGCUGGGCUGACUGGUCGUAAAAUCAUCGUCGAUACCUAUGGAGGUUGGGGAGCCCACGGAGGCGGUGCUUUCUCUGGAAAGGAUCCCAGCAAGGUCGACCGUUCGGCUGCCUAUGCUGCACGUUGGGUGGCAAAGUCUUUGGUAAAGGCUGGACUGACCAAGCGAUGCCUCGUCCAGGUCUCCUACGCUAUCGGGCUCGCACACCCCCUCUCCAUCCACGUGCACAGCUACAACUCUAGCCCGCUCAGCUCGGCCGAGCUCCUGCAAGUCAUCCAGGAUAAUUUUGUCCUCACCCCCUACCGUAUCAUCAAGGACCUCGACCUGAAGCGGCCAAUCUACGAAGCCACCGCCGAGAAUGGACACUUUGGCCACUCCGAAUUCAGCUGGGAACAGCCCAAGGCCCUCAAGAUCAGCCCCGCCAUUGCUGCCAAGGUGAAAGCUGCUCAA